GCGCCGCCACAGCAGCAACAGCAGCCGCUGCCGCCGCCGCCGCAGCCACAGCAGCCGCCGGAGGGGGGCGCGGCGCGGCCCGGCGGCCCGGCGCGGCCCGUGAGCCUGCGGGAAGUCGUGCGCUACCUCGGGGGCAGCGGCGGCGCCGGCGGCCGCCUGACCCGCGGCCGCGUGCAGGGGCUGCUAGAGGAGGAGGCGGCGGCGCGAGGCCGCCUGGAGCGCACCCGCCUCGGAGCGCUCGCGCUGCCCCGCGGGGACAGGCCCGGACGGGCACCGCCGGUCGCUAGCGCCCGCGCGUCGCGGAGCAAGAGAAGUGGAGAAGAGCGAGUGCUUGAGAAAGAAGAGGAGGAAGAAGACGAUGAGGAUGAAGAUGACGUGUCUGAGGGUUCCGAGGUGCCCGAAGGUGACCGUCCUUCAGAUGCCCAGCACCACCAGCUUAAUGGCGAGCGGGGCCCUCAGAAUGCUAAGGAGAGGGUCAAGGAGUGGAUACCCUGUGGUCCCCACCAGGGACAGGAUGAAGGGCGGGGGCCAGCACCAGGCAGUGGCACCCGCCAGGUGUUCUCCAUGGCAGCCAUGAAUAAGGAAGGGGGAUCAGCCUCUGCUACCACUGGGCCAGACUCCCCAUCCCCUGUGCCUUUGCCCCCCGGAAAACCAGCCCUACCUGGGACUGAUGGGACCCCCUUUGGCUGCCCUUCUGGGCGCAAGGAGAAGCCGUCUGACCCUGUGGAGUGGACGGUGAUGGACGUGGUAGAGUACUUCACCGAGGCUGGCUUCCCCGAGCAGGCAACAGCUUUCCAAGAGCAGGAAAUCGAUGGCAAGUCUUUGUUGCUCAUGCAGCGCACAGAUGUGCUGACCGGCCUGUCCAUCCGCCUCGGCCCAGCCCUAAAAAUCUACGAGCACCACAUCAAGGUGUUACAGCAAGGCCACUUUGAGGAGGAUGACUCUGAUGGCUUUCUAGGCUGAGCCUCCAACCUCACCCCUGCCCCGACCCAUUCCAGCCACCAUCUCACCAAGACCUCCAGAGUCCAGGAGCUGGACGGGGUCACCCUUAGCCCUCCUAACAGAUUCCAGUAAGGGGGCAUUCUUCCCUAUUCAUCCCUUCCCUGUGUCUCCCCAGCACACACACAUUUGGCCCCCAGCAUAUGCCACACUUCAUGACUGAGGAGUGUGGGGUGGGACAGAGACUGCUCAUUUGUUGCCAGGAGGCCAACCUUCCCCCAGAGCCUAGGACAUUUUUGGGGAAAAAAAAAAUGGGGGCUUCCCAUCUCCCCUAAAUCCUGUUCAGUUCAGCCAGAUGUUUCCUAUAUAAAUGUUUUGUUCUGCCUGUUCAUUUUGGUGGGUGGCUUUUCCUCUCUCCCUACCACCCAUAUCCCACCCAGUCUGCCCCUGGCCUGCAGCACCUGGGAGCAGCUGGGGUGGUGUCCCUGCGUCUUCCCUCUUCUCUCUUUCUGUUGGUUGUCGCUCCAGCUGGCUGUAUUGCUUUUUAAUAUUGCACCGAAGGUUUUUUAAAUAAAGUUUUAAAAGAAAAGAACAAAA